UGCUGAUAAAACCUUCUAAAACAAACGUUCUUUCUAAAAUGUUUCGUUUGCAACGGCAUGUUUUUAAGUUUACGUAUAUUCCUAAUCAAUGUCCUCAAUCAGUAAUAAAAAAACUUAUAAAUAUACGACAUUUUAGCAGUAAUGAUGACUGCACUGAAAAUCAAGUAAAAAAGUUGAGUCUGAAAAAUGUCGACGUAGCUGGCAAAAAAGUAUUUAUGAGGGUGGAUUUUAACGUACCCAUGAAAGAUGGUAAAAUCACCAACAACCAACGUAUUGUGGCUGCUCUUCCCAGUAUCAAAUAUGCUUUGGAUAAGAAGUGCAAAUCUCUGGUUUUAGCCUCCCACUUGGGACGUCCUGAUGGCAAAAAGGAUAAAAAAUAUAGCCUGGAGCCGGUGGCCAAGGAACUAGAGAAGGUGCUGGGGAAGCCGGUUUGCUUUCUGGACGACUGUGUGAGUGACCAGACCCUGGAAGCUCUGAAAGAUCCGCCCGAGGGCAGUGUCCUGUUGCUUGAGAAUCUGCGCUUCUACGCCGAGGAGACAGGCAGCAGCAAGGAUGAGAACAAGAAAAAGGUGAAGGUCGAUCCGGAGAAGGUCAAGGAAUUCCGUUCCAAGUUGGCAAAACUAGGCGAGAUCUAUGUGAACGAUGCCUUUGGAACUGCCCAUCGCCCUCAUAGUUCUAUGAUGGGGGAUGGCUAUAAGAUACGGGCUGCUGGUUUCCUUUUGGACAAGGAACUGGAGUACUUUGCCAAGGUUCUUUAUAAUCCAGCAAAGCCCUUUUUGGCCAUUUUAGGUGGGGCCAAGAUAGCUGACAAAAUUCCUUUGAUUACCAACCUCCUGAACAACGUAUCCGUCAUGAUCAUAUCCGGUGGCAUGUCCUUCACCUUUCUCAAAGUCCUUAACAACAUGGAGAUCGGGAAAUCCCUCUUUGACGAGAAGGGAGCCAAAAUGGUAAAUGAUAUAAUCUGCAAGUCAAAGGAAAAAAAUGUGAAUAUUCUGUUGCCGGUGGAUUUUGUGGUAGCCGACAAGAUUGACAAGAAGCCCGAUAAAAUCGAAACAGUCGAUGCCAGACAGGGUAUUCCCAAAGAUAUGAUGGGUCUGGAUCACGGCGAGCUAUCCAGUUCGAUGUUUGCAGGUGCCAUCUGUGCAUCCAAGACUAUAGUUUGGAAUGGGCCUCCGGGCUUAUUCGAAAACGAGCUCUUCUCUAAGGGGACCAGGUCUAUGCUGGAUGCAGUAAUUGGAGCCACUAAAAGGGGAGCUAUAACAAUUGUGGGCGGUGGAGAUACGGCCACGGCUUGUAUGCAAUUCGGAGGAGCUGAGCAGGUCUCACAUGUGUCCACAGGUGGAGGAGCUUCUCUAGAACUGUUGGAAGGAAAGGUCCUCCCAGGAGUGGCAGCUCUGUCAGAUGCUUAAAAGGACAGCUUUACAAUCCUUAUUCUAAUUAACUUUAA